AACAGAAACCAUCAAUCGAAAAAAUUUAUAACAUCGAGAAAAAACGUUGAUUCGUGGAGGAAAAUUUAAAUGCAGCGUCGGAAAGGUAAAUAUCCAUGGAAGCUGGAAAACGGAUUAAUGAUUCUGUUGCCGAGGGUGCGAAACAACCACCAAAAACGCGAAAUGCAACAUUUUUGGAAAAAGGUUAUGUCAAAGUCUGUUCAACCGAAGAUAUUAAAAAGAAUUCGGAAUUUCACGAAGAUUUGGAAAAAUGUAGCGAGGGGUCGUCAGGAAACGAUUCCUAUGAGAAUGCCUCAAAACCUAGAAGCAAGAGCGUAUCCAGAAAUGACAAUGGAGAUAAUGAUAUUGUCCUUACUGAAACUAAAGGAGAAAGUCAAAUAAGACUGCAAACAAUUUGCAGAAAGCUACAAUCCCGCUUGCAGCCUUUUCAUUCAUGCCAGCAAAUGAGAAAUGAAUCCAAUGUACAACAGCAAGCGAAUGGAUUUAUUCAUAAAGUGAACCAUACAACGCCAACAUUGGAAUCAGAACAAAUAGGUGUGGAAUUGUUGCAGAUCAAUUCCAACAUACAAUCACCAAUAAAAAAGGAAGAACAAAAAACAGAAAAAACAAAGAUAAAAUUAUCGAAAAAACGAAAUAAUAAAUUUUGCGAAGACAACAAGUAUGAAACUAAGAAAUUUGUUUUAAAAAUGGGUCUUAAAAAAUUUUGCAAAAACGAAGAAGUUAGACAACGAAUAAUCAAAGAUGUCGAUAUAGUGUCAGAUCUUUUGAUAGAAGUGACAUAUUUUGUUGAAUAUUGUCUAAGAAACACGGAACAACCGUGGCUAUUAAAUACUUGGUGUAAAGAAGAACCAGACUUUUCAAAAAUUAUUCCAUAUUUUAAGGAAAAAAAACACUCAUCAAAACAUCCUGAACUCGAUCAACUGUUUAAGAUGUAUAACGAAAAAAGGAAAGAAAAGAAAUUGUACAAAUGUGAACACCGCACUCACUUGCUUCAGGAAAUGGCAAAAACCUUGGACAGAAAUUUCAAAACAAAUAUUGUUACUCAUGCAAAAAAACGCAUAGUAAAUUAUUUAUUUUCAAAGUUUUUGAAUGAAAAUUCAAAUAACAACAUAACAUGUCCUGAAAGUAUGGAAGAGAAGACUCAAGAUAAAAAAAAAAGAAGAGCAAAUGAUGAAACGUGUUGCACGCAAUAAACGACGAAGAGCAAAAACGAAUGAAAAGAAGAAGACUGCAAGACACAGACAAAAAACACUAACCCCUGGCGAAAAACGGGAGUGGAAUAAGAAUCAACUUAAGCGAUUAAAACAGGAAACUGAAAGGAUCUACACCAAAAACAUUCGAUUAGCUACUGCGAGUAACAGUAAAGAGGAGGAAGCAAAAAAGAUAAAGAAAAGAGAGAAGCAAAGGAGAAAAAAACAAAGAAGAAGGGAAACUAUGAAAGAAAAUGUAAAAAAGAAUAAAAGUACCAAAAAUAAAGGCACUUUGUCGGGGUUAGUUCGAAAAAAAAAUUAAAAGAAAUUAAAGAUGACGUCGAUCAGUUGUUCAACACCAAUGAAUUGGAAAAUAAAAGUUUUAAAGAGCUGCUCCGCGAUGACGAAAAACUUAAUUUUAUUUUAAUUGAUGAAGAGUUUUACAAAUUCAUAAAAUUUUACCAACGACUUCAAAUCGAGUUUCAUAAAAUGAAAAUCAAAAAUUUUAAGUUGAUUCCAAUUUUAGAUUACGGCUUAAAACAUGUAUAUUACACCAAUACUGUUUUGUCAGAAUUAGAAAAUGCAAUAAAUGCAGAAAAGUUGUCACAGAAAAAAAACUGGGAGUAAAAAAGAAAAGAGCAACAAGGACACAAAGCGAAAUCAUUAAAGAAAAAGAAGAGAAAACCAGAAGAAAAAAUGAACGUGAAGCUUUGUCAACUUUGAAGAAAAAUAUGCAAGAAAAUGUAGAUGCAUUGCAAAAGAAACAAGAUGGGGGUCCCUUUUUAUAAAAGAAGUUUAUGUUCAUUUCAUGAACAUUUUGCUUCCUCAUUGCGCAAAGCAAAAGAUUUGCUUCCUCUUGGAGGAAGCAAUAAAUUAAUAAUUUAUAUACAUAUUAUUUUUAAAAUAUGAUAAAUGAUUUCAAAAAAUAUAUCUUUUUCCACCUUUUCCACUCUUUCAACCGUUUUAUUGCUGUUAUCGACUGAUUCCGGUAUUAAAAUCGAUUUUUUGAAAAAAAGUAAAAAAAAAUUUUUUUU